CAAAAUUCUGGGGCUUAAUGGAAAUAGGAACAUAUGGAAGAUUCCAUUGUUGAUAUAGAACACCUAUUUAACUUGGACUCUGUGAUGAAUCUCUUCCAUGUCAGUGGCAAAUAAUUUUGCUAGAAAUGCAACAUGGAUUCACGGUGUUUGCCAUGGCUUCUGCUGGGUGAGGUUCUCUUUGUGUUUUCUGGCCUGGCUUAUCCUGGAAGCUUUCUAAUAGAUGUAGAUGGCGGCAAGGACGAGGACAUAUUUGACAUCAAUGAAGCUUUGGGACUGAACCUUUUUGAGGGAGACAUCAAUCUUGAGGGGAGAGAAAGAAAUUCCAUUGUUGGUGAUCAAUAUAGAUGGCCUCACAUCAUUCCUUAUGUUCUUGAAGACAGUCUGGAAAUAAAUGCUAAAGGAGUUAUCCUGAAUGCAUUUGAACGGUACCGUUUAAAAACCUGCAUUGACUUUAAGCCAUGGGAAGGUGAAGCCAACUAUAUUUCAGUGUUCAAAGGAAGUGGAUGCUAUUCUUCAGUAGGAAAUAUACGUGUUGGCAAACAGAUAAUUUCCAUAGGAAACAACUGUGACAGAAUAGCAACAGUUCAACAUGAGUUCCUCCAUGCCCUGGGAUUCUGGCAUGAGCAGUCCCGUUCAGAUCGAGAUGAUUAUGUCAUGAUAAUGGAAGACCAAAUUCUGUCAGGCAGAGAAAACAAUUUCAAUACUUACGAUGAUAAGGAAUCAGACUCUCUGAAUGUUCCGUAUGACUACACAUCUGUGAUGCACUACAGCAAAAAUGCCUUCCAAAAUGGAACAGAACCAACAAUUGUGACUAGGAUCCCUGAGUUUUUGGAUGUGAUUGGACAACGAAUGGAUUUCAGCGAUUAUGACCUUGAAAAAUUGAGAAAACUGUACAACUGCUCUUCUUCCUUAACCUUUCUGGACUCAUGUGAUUUUGAACUGGAAAAUAUCUGUGGCAUGAUUCAAAAUUCAGAAGAUAACGGUGACUGGCAGAGGGUUUCUCAGGUGACUGGUGGCCCAGACACAGAUCAAUCAAACCUGGGCAAGUGCAAAGACUCUGGUUUCUUUAUGCAUUUCAACACCAGCUCUGUGAACGAGGGAGAAAAGGCAAUCUUGGAAAGCCGCAUAUUUUACCCCAAGAGAGAAUUUCAGUGCUUGCAGUUUUAUUACUACAACGGCGGUAACGAAGAUGACCAGCUCAAGAUCUACGUCAGGGAGUAUACCUCAGAAAAUGGUAAUGGCUUUCUCACUCUGGUGGAUGAAGUGAAAGAUGCAUCCAUUGGGAGCUGGCAACUCUAUCAUGUACCAUUGGCAGUUACCACCAAAUUCAGGGUGGUAUUUGAAGGAACUCGAGGUAUUGGCACGUCAGCUGGUAGUCUCUCCAUUGAUGACAUCAACCUUUCAGAAACACGCUGUCCUCAUCAUGUGUGGAAGAUAAGCAAUUUUGCACAACUCAGUAACUCAGAUGGAGUCAUCGUUAGCCCUCCAUUUUACUCUCCUCUAGGCUAUGCCUAUGAGGUUGAGUUAGAUGUAAGUAAUCAGACUAAUGUAGGGAUAUAUUUCUCCCUGAUCUCUGGAGCCAAUGAUGAACAAUUACAGUGGCCAUGUCCGUGGCAACAAAUCACAAUGACACUAUUGGAUCAAGAUCCUGAUAUUCGUCGGCGCAUGUCCAACCAGAGGAGUGUGACCACAGAUCCAUUCCAGACACUUGAUAAUAAUGAAACCUUUGUUUGGGACAAGCCCUCCAAAAUAGGAGAGACAGCAACUUUCCCUAAUGGAACAUUAUAUAGCAGAGGUCCAAGGUAUGGAACCAGUGUCUACAUAACCCACCAAAGGAUGCAGGGCAGAGAUUUUGUCAAAGGAGAUAAUGUUUACAUGCUUCUGACUAUGGAAGAUAUAUCAAAUCUCAUUUCUACUGAGCCAUCACCUAUCCCUCCAACGGAACCUCAAGCAGAUCUCUGUGCAAACUUCACCUGUCAGAAUGAUGGCGUCUGUAUUAUCUUCAAUAACAAAGCAGAAUGCAGGUGUCAAUCAGGGAAAGACUGGUGGUAUUUUGGAGAAAAAUGUGAGAAUAAGGGCUCCACCAAUGACACCAUCAUUGUAACAGUCUCAUCCGCUGCAGCUGUGUUUGUUGCUAUGCUGAUAGUGACUCUUGUGAGUGUCUACUGUGUUAAGAAGAAAUACAGCUCAAGGAGCAAUGCCAAUGCGUCGAAAAAGACCUUCAAAAAUAGAGCUAGAAGUUCCCUUAUUGGUGAUAACACUAAAUGGCUUCACAGCAUCUCUUAUAUCCUCGCAGAUAAUCUGGACAUAAAUGCUAAAGGAGUUAUUGUGAGAGGGUUUGAGUGGUACCGUUUAAAAACCUGCAUCGACUUUAAAUGGUGGAAAGGGGAAGACAGCUAUAGUUAUUUUUACAAAGGAGUUGGGUGCAAAUCCAAAGUGGGAAAUAGACAUUUUGGCAAACAUGACAUUUCCAUGGGAGAAUUCUGUGACAAGAUAGGGACAGUUCCACAUGAGCUCCUCCAUACCCUGGGAUUCGUAUAUGAGCAUUCCCGUACAGAUCGAGAUGAUUAUGUCACAAUAAUAAGGGACAACAUUUUUCCAGGCAGAGAGUUAAAUUUCCUAUCUUUUAGUGACAAGCUAAUAGAAUCCCUGAAUGUUCCCUAUGACUACACAUCUUUGACACACUACAGCAAAAAUGCUUUCCAAAGGGGAACAGAACCAACAAUUAUAACAAGAAACCCUGGCGUCAUGGAUGUGAUUGGACAACGCGUAGAUUUCAGCGAUUAUGACAUUGAAAGACUGAAUCGAUGCUACAACCGCUCUUCUUCCAUAACCUUUGUGGAUUCAUGUGAUUUUGAACUGGAAAAUAUCUGCGGCAUGAUUCAAGGCUCAGAAGAUAAUGGUGACUGGCAGAGGGUUUCCCAGGUGCCUGGUAGGCCUGACACUGAUCAGUCAAGCCUGGACAAGUGCAAAGGUUCCUGUUUCUUUAUGCACUUCAACAGCAGCUCUGUGAAUGAGGGGGGAAAGGCAAUCCUGGAAAGCCGAUUAUUUUACCCCAAGAGAGUGUUUCAAUGCUUGCAGUUUUAUUACUACAUCAGCAGUAAUAAUGAUGUUAAGCUCAAAUACAUCAGAGAAUAUAUCACAGCCCUUCAUAAAACCUUUCUUACUCUAGUGGAUGAAGUGAAAGAUGUACCCCCUGGGAACUGGCAACUCUAUUGUGUACCAUUGGCAGCUACCAACAUAUUCAGGGUGGUAUUUGAAGGAACUCGAGGUAUUGGCUCAUCAGGUGGUGGUAUCUCCAUUGACGACAUUAACCUUUCAGAAACUUGGUGCCCUCAUCAUGUCUGGAGGAUAAGCAAUUUCACGCAAAUCAAGGGGAGUAUCUAUAGCCCUCCAUUUUAUUCUGACAAAGGCUAUGCCUUUCAAGUUCAGUUAGAUAUAAGUGAUCAGACUAAGGUAGGGAUAUAUUUCUCCCUGAUCUCUGGAGCCAAUGAUGAACAAUUACAGUGGCCAUGUGCAUGGCAACAAGCCACAAUGAUGCUAUUGGAUCAAAAUCCUGAUAUUCGUUGGCGCAUGUCCAACGAGAGGAGUGUGACUAUAGAUCCAUUCAAGACAAUUGAUAGCGAUAAUGAAGUCUUUUUUUGGGACAAGCCCUCCAAAGUAGCCGUGAUGGCAACUUUCCCUAAUGGGACAUUAUAUAGCAGAGGUCAGGGAUAUGGACCCAGUACCUACAUAACACACAAAUGGCUGCAAAGCAGAGAUUUUAUCAAAGGAGAUACUGUUUACAUCCUCUUGACAGUGAAAGAUCCUUGUCAUCCAGGAUAUGGGAAUACUCCCUCAGCAGCCUCCUCAGGGACACAGAAACCAUCGAGCCCUGCCUUCAUGGAAUGUCACUAA